GGCGACCGUGAGGCUGCCCAGGCCGUUUUGUGUUUGGGCAGCGGCUGCUUUUUCCCUGCGCGCGGGGAGACACUGGGAAAGGGGAAGUAAGGCGGAAGCUUGAUCCCCCAAAGCAUCUGAAGGUGGGCUUCAGAGCCUGCUCCCUGUGGAGCCUGAGUUUGCUCAGCCAAGUACUACUCCACCAGUGACCCUGGACAGUAACAAAACUAAUAAAAACCCGAACCCAAACCCUGCCACCAUCAUAGAUGAUGGGCACUGUGCUUGCUGUAAGAGAAGAGAGCAGAAUGUGUGCUUUCUCCAGAUUCCCUGGUAAUGGUCUUUCUCUAUUUAGACUUCAUGCUUUUCAGCUUUCAUGAAAGAAUAGUGAGAGAUGUACCCUUCCCAUCUCCCCAGAGGAGGUCUGUAAUUACUCUGGAAUCAGUAAACUAUGGCGUCAAAGAAAUUUGCUGUUAAAUGUGGGAAUUUUGCUGUCCUGGUGGAUCUUCACAUACUGCCGCAAGGUUCAAACAAAGAUACCAGCUGGUUUUCUGAACAGAAGAAAGAGGAAGUCUGUUUACUGUUAAAAGAAACCAUUGAUUCAAGAGUUAAGGAGUACUUGGAAGUUCGUAAACAGCACAGGCCAUCAAAUACAGAAUUCACAAGAUCCAGUCCCUUGACCUUAAAAGGUUAUGGCUUUCAAAUCACAGCCUAUUUCCUCAAGAGAGGGAUUCGCCUCCUAUGUUGCAGGAGUUCACAGAGUACUGAGCUCCGUGUAUUUCCUGACAGAUUUGUGGUCUGUGUAAGUCAGCUUUCAUUCAGUCAUGAUCUUAUGGCAAGUCAGAGUGAAGAAUUGACAGAAGGAGCUCUCCAUGGAGCGUCUGAUUAUUUUGCUGAGUGUGCGGAGAGUCCACUUCCUCCCAAUGCGAAGUGCAAGAGAAAUACUCUGAAAGAAAUUGUGAGAAGAACUGAAACAAAAAGCAGCAUUGUGGGCAAAUCACAAAGCAGCCUGGACACUGGGGGGACAGCUAGUGACCCAGUGAUUGCGGAGAUGACGAGGAGGAGGGGUAACAGUCAGGUUUCAGCCAGUCCCCUGUCAGAGUCCACGGGACAAGAUUAUAUAAAGGCAGCUGAGAGCCACUGGGGGCUUCCUGUUCAAAAGCUGGAAAAUGUUCAUCAGACCCCGCCAGGAGACACCAGCAGCCAGCAAAAACCUCAUUGUGGGGAGUGGUCAGAGACAGGGCUUCUAGGCAGGAGCCCCGUCUGUAGCUGUGAGUCAGCAUCACCAGGUCCAAAACAAAGUCCACAAGGGGCCAGAGCACAACAGAAACGCAGGAACCUCGGCUCUGCGGAAGACAUCGACCACCACAAGAGAGUUUCUCUUGGAAGUGAUCGAUUAGUCCCAAGAGAAAUAAUAGUUGAAAAAAGCAAAGCUGUCAGGGUUUUGCCAAAGCUGUCGGAUCCGGGGUUACUUUUGAAACAAGGUUUGGCAAAAACGGCAUCUAAUGAAGAGUUGCAUGUUUUGGAAAAUCUCUCCUCCGGACGUCUUACGAAAAAUAAGCCAGGGCAGGCACAGCAAACCGGCUCAGCCACAAACACUGAAAGAUUAUCUGCAAUCCAGGGCAGCCCAGCCAAGAAAAGAAAGAAGCAUGAAAGAGGCCACUAACUUACUAAAGAGGAUUGCAAAGAUGUAGUUAGGGCUCUAGUGGCUAAAGGUGUGGAAAGAGAGGGGUGUAUGUAGAUGCUGUGAUUUUAAAGGAAUUAGAAUGAUUAUUUUAUACUGAAAAUAUUUAUCUGUGUUAGGGUUAGUUUUCAAUGCAUUCAUCUUCAGGAGGCUAUAGGCUUUUUCUACCAACAUUGCUACUUUCUCAUGCUUUAUAACUGUCUUCAGAAAAUUAUUUUUGUGAUAAAUGGCCAUUCACCUUGUCAAGGAUGAUCCCAUUCUUCAAGGACUUGCAUGAAGAAACCAGCCAUGUGUCUUCUUGGCCCAUCACUGUGCACACUGUAUGAUGGCCUCCGUGAAGGCAGUGCCAUAGUACAAUUUCUAGGGGUACAAUUUCUCUUCCUGUUCCUCAGCCUGAGUUGGACAGAAGUGAAGGAACAGGCUAGUGGUCUUCAGUAUCUGGUUCUGGGCCCAGCAUCACUGUCUGGAAGUGUGUUAGAAAGGCACAUCUUGGGCCCCACCCCCGGCCUACUGAAUGAGAAACCCUGGGCAAUUCUGAAACAUGCUCGAGUUUGAGAGCCACUGGACUAAUUGGAGACUCCCUAGUGUUUCUUUCCUCAAUACUGGCUGCCAUGGCCUCUGGGUUCAGCAUAUGAGCAGCUCUGCUCCCAAGUUCUCUACAGCAUGGUGGCCACUGCACCCAUGAAACUGUUACCUACCCUAAGAAUUACUAGAAGGUUAUGGCUAAUUUGACCCUGCAUUAGAGGAAGAGAGCAGAGGGACAGGCUUCCUCUUGCUUGUAGCUUAGGCAUCUGUCCCUGCGCUUGCCCCCUCCUCUAAGAUUUUGGUUAGGUUCAGGAAGGAUUCGAACCCAAGGGGAACUCAGUGGCCAGAGUUUCCAGUUUCCCAUUUGGAAGGCAUCACUGACAGUUUCAGUUUCAAAACAGGAGCCUUCCAUUUGCACUAUCACCCACUAAUGUCUCCAGUGGGCUUGCUGAAAUGUCAGAGUGAAUCAUUGCAAUGACUUAUUUUGGAUGGACACCUACUAAAGAUUUUCUUAACCCAGUUUCAUUCUAAAUAGAGGAAAAAAACAUAUUCACAGGCCACCCAUCAAAUACGUCUUUUUUUCUAUUCAACAUUGUGUGGUCCUUUGAAGUAGCACCUCCCUAGUAACAAGGAAAAUCAAGUAUAUUCCUAGAAUGUUGGAGUUAGCAGAAAAAUAACCCAGAAAAAGCCCAGAGUAAUAAAAGAAUAUGGAAACAGACACAGUGUUGGUGUACAUGCUUAAGACUAAGUAUGGUUACUCCUAGCUCAUUCUAUAGUUCCCAAUGUCUCCUUUCCCACUUGUGUUAUAGAGUAAAACUCAUUAAGAGGCAGCCAUAUUUCAUGGCACCAUCUUGGGUCAUGAAGUUCAGUGUUGAUCACUACACCUGGCCCUGAAUGUAGAUCCUAUUCCUUUGAUGUUCCUCACCCGCCUAGAAACUUGUCCCCUUUGUGUGAUCCAGCCUCAUGACCUUCACUCACCAGGACCGUGGCCCUGUCCACUGGUGUCCUUUCCUCUUCCCACUCCUAGGUUUUCUUCUUUAGCCAAUUGCAAACAAAGCAUUCUAUGGGAGAAGACGGAACCUAACAGAAUACUAAUCAGAGUGGAGCAGACUGUGUUCAUCCCUUUGGGGUAGACUGCACAAGAUUCAGUCUCCAUGGUUGUUGGGGGGCAGGGGCUCUGCUUUUAAAGGGACAGCAAUUCUAGGCAUGCUCUUCACUGAAGACAGAAGCAUAGUGUGUCCUUGAAUCUUCUUAAACAGAAUCACUGGAACGGUUUCAACAGGGCACAAGUAGUAACCCCGUGACUGGCCAAGAGACAAUAAGCUCCCUGGAGAAGAGUCUAGAAUAAAAAAAAGACAACCAUUUCAGAACACUGGCUGCGCCUAAUGCACACCUAGAAGGAGAUGUUUGAAAUGGAGGCAGCAGAGAAAAGCUUUUAAUUGAAAAGUUUUUAUUUCAUUUGUUAAUGGGGUAAAGUGAAUACUUGUGAUUUAGUGAUUUUCUUUUCAAGAAAAGCCUUGGCUUUAGGGUUUGGUAUAUUUGUGGAAAUAACAAUUACUGUGACCUGAGAGGGAAAACAGCACCUUGGGCUGUAGACUGACUGGUCUUUCUCACAGCCCACAUGUACAUGGGAUUUUCACAGGGUUGAUGGAAGGAACAGCUCUCCGUUCCACAUUAUGGCACGUGUUGAAGGAAUUUUGCCUCUAAGCAUUUUUCUUCCACAUGUCUGAAACACCCCCAAUCUCUUCUUACUUGAGUGGUUGUGUGAUUCUUUGGAUGUUUGGAAAUACAAAAGGGAAGAUGGCUGCCAAGUUUUACUGGUGCUUAUUAGCUGGGAAAUGUAGAAUUCUCUACUCCUGGGAGUGGGGUGUGUGUUGACGUUCUUGAUAAUCUUAUUAAUUCAGCAUCUGAAAAUCUGAGAGCUUGUCAGUGUUCUUAAUCAAAAAGAACAAGUUCUUCAACUACUUACUUAGUAACCCACAAUAAAAUUAUUUUCAAGUCUCUGUAAUUCUGAUGUUUGGGAGAAAUGUGGAUCCACUCAGUUAAUGUUAACAAUUUGAACACCCUAACUUUCUCAGUGUCAUCAUGGCUUCUAAGUCACAUCGCUGUGCUUUCAGAUGGCUUUUUUUUUUUUUUUACUGUUUUACUAGAUUGACAUUGGAUUUUGUGUUGUUUUCUUAAUGUCCAUAAACAAGAAACGUCAGAGAAUAGUCAGUGUGAUUUUUCUGACACACUAUUUUUCCUUUGCCUCUGGAGGUUAGCUCUCAUCUAAAUAUGCAUAUAAAUUGUUAAAUGAAAGGGGGCAACCAUUUGGGGAGACAGGAGUGAGUGCUGCAGGGUUUUUGUUUACUUAUGUUAAUAUUAAAGAAGUAAGAAAAUGUAUUUUUUAUGACAAGUAUCAUUAAACUCUAGGUUUUUUUAAUGUUUAUU